ACAUACCAAUAACCUUAAUUCUGAAGUUAGCACAAAACGUUCUUUCCUCUCGUAUGAAAUUACCCGCUCUCAAGUCUCAACCCAGAAAGGAACUUCGCGUAGCUUCUCUCCUCUUCUUUACUCCCAACUUGGUUGGCAACUAAUUACCGCAUAAUUUCAUCGUCUCGUUUUCCAAUUGAUUUUCUUAUUCAAUCUUCAUUUUUCUUUGAUGAUUAAAAGGUUUCUAAAAGAAGCUACGCUGUUAUGAACUUUCCGACUUAUAAACGCAUAAAUUCGAGAGAAAAUUCGGAAACAAUGGACGAGGAAGAUAAUUCAGGUUUCUUGCAGAAUGAUACUUGGCAAGAAAGUGGGAAACCUUCGUGGAAGCGAUCGUUGCCACAUGUACUUGUGGCCACAUUAACUGCGUUCUUGUUUGGCUACCAUAUUGGAGUUGUAAAUGAACCACUUGAAAGCAUUUCUUUGGAUCUUGGUUUCAAAGGCAACACGUUGGCAGAAGGUCUCGUGGUGAGUACAUGCCUUGGGGGUGCCUUUGUUGGAUGUGCUUUUAGUGGGUCCAUUGCUGAUGGUUUUGGACGUCGUAGAGCUUUUCAGCUGUCUGGUCUUCCCAUGAUAUUAGGAGCUGUUAUGAGUGCAAUGGCGAAAACAUUGCAGGGCAUGCUAUUGGGAAGGUUGAUAGUUGGGUUCGGAAUGGGUUUGGGUUCCUCAGUUGCUGCUCUCUAUGUGGCAGAGAUUUCUCCAGCUUUUGUAAGAGGUACCUAUGGAAGCUUCAUUCAGAUUGCAACAUGUCUUGGUCUCAUGGCAGCUCUAGUUGUUGGAAUUCCUUCGAAAGAUAUUAUGGAGUGGUGGCGCAUGUGUUUUUGGCUGUCCACCAUUCCAGCUGCUACACUUGCUCUUGGAAUGAUAUUCUGUGCUGAGAGUCCAAUUUGGCUGUACAAGCAAGGAAGAAGCUCAGAGGCUGAGGCUGAAUUUGAGAAAUUGCUGGGAGGGUCGCAUGUCCAUUCUGCAAUGAUGGAAUUGGAAAAAUCUGAUAGAGGAGACAGUGAGGGGGUGAAGCUGUUGGAUUUGCUCUCCGGCCGACAUUCAAGAGUUGUUUUUAUUGGAUCAACCCUAUAUGCUUUGCAGCAGCUAUCUGGUAUAAAUGCUGUUUUUUAUUUCUCAUCAACCGUAUUUAAAAGUGUUGGUAUACCAUCAAACCGUACGAACGUGUUUAUAGGAAUCUCCAAUUUAGCAGGCUCCAUUAUUGCAAUGACGUUAAUGGACAAGGUGGGAAGAAAACUGCUGCUUCUCUGGAGUUUUUUGGGCAUGGCUGUAUCAAUGGGUCUGCAAGUUGCAGGAGCAAGUACUUAUAUGCCAAAGGCAGUAGCAUUUUACUUAUCUGUCGGUGGCGUGUUAUUAUAUGUUUUUACAUUUGCUGUUGGUGCUGGACCUGUUCCUGGACUGCUCCUCCCUGAAAUAUUUCCAAGCCGGAUUAGAGCAAAAGCAAUAGCUUUCUGUAUGUCAGUCCAUUGGGUCUUUAACUUCUUAGUGGGCUUGUUGUUCCUGCGUCUACUUGAGAAACUUGGACCGCAGUUCCUUUAUACUGCCUUCAGCAGUUUCUGCUUAAUAGCAGUUGUCUUCGUUAAGAAGAACGUGAUAGAGACCAAAGGAAGAACACUGCAGGAGAUUGAGAUUGCUCUUCUUCCUGAUGAAUAGAGCAGGUGUUCUUACAACGAUAGCAGUUGUAGCAAAUCUUGGCACUUCCAUACCGAAGAUUUAAGAAUCAAGCUAGUGUAAGCCACACAUGAGACGGGAAGAUGAGUAGUAGGAAGGAGGCUGCUUUCAAAAAUUACUGUUCAUUUCCAUCUGGUUUCUAGGAUCUUAAGCUUAGGUAUAGUAGGCAGCAGUUGUAAGCGGAACAUGUAGUAUACGAUAUGAGCUGUGGCCUGUGGUUAUACAAGCUAGUGCUUGUAUUUGCAUAUAUGAGCUAAAUAGCUAAUAUUCUUUUGUAUUUACAGAUAUUACAGUCUAUGUUUUGUAUAUUUGGCAGGGGGAGAUGGAUGGGUGGUUAUCACCAUUCACCAUUCACCAUUCACCUGUAACCUUGAAUAUGAACUUGAAAGUUAAAACUUGGGAUUUUAGUGA